AUGGCCAUCAAAGACAAAGAAAAGAAACUCUUUGUUUCUUCACCAAGAAACUAUGCGGCAGAACUCAAAUUUCUCCUCACAUCAUUACUACUUCUAUGCACCAUUGCUACUCUCUUUCACUUCAUUCCUUCUUCUUUCACUAUCUCAGCUUCUGAUCUCAGACUCUGUAUCUCAAGAAUCUCUCAAACCCCACCACCACAAGCUUCUUCCAUUAUCCAUGAAAAACUCAUUACCAACAACACCAUCAAACGUUUCUUCAACCCUUAUGGCUCAGCAGCCUAUAACUUCAUCACAAUGAGUGCUUAUAGAGGAGGACUCAACACAUUUGCCAUCAUUGGUCUUUCUUCAAAGCCUCUUCAUGUUUAUGGAAAUCCUAGUUAUGAAUGCGAAUGGAUCCCUUACACAAACACUUCCUUAGAAAAAAUUACUACAAAUGGUUACAAGAUUCUCCCUGAUUGGGGCUAUGGCCAUGUCUACACUGUUGUUGUUGUUAACUGCACUUUCAAUGACACAAUCAACCGCGAAAACAAUGGCGGAAAGUUAAUGCUUUACGCUUCAACAUCAGGUGGUGGUGACAGAAGCUUCAAUCUUACUGAUAAAAUGGAAGUUCUUGUUGAGCAGCCUAAACUUUUGGAUCACACCCUUUUUGAUUCAAAGCCAAAGUUUGAAUUUUUAUACUGUGGAUCAUCUUUGUAUGGGAAUUUGAAUCCACAAAGAGUGAGAGAAUGGAUAGCUUAUCAUGUGAGACUAUUUGGGCCAAACUCACAUUUUGUGAUACAUGAUGCUGGUGGUGUUCAUGAAGAGGUUUUGGAGGUUUUGAAGCCAUGGAUUGAACUUGGUUAUGUUACAUUGCAAGAUAUUAGAGAUGAAGAAAGAUUUGAUGGAUAUUAUCAUAAUCAGUUCAUGGUUGUGAAUGAUUGUUUGCAUAGAUAUAAGUUUAUGGCUAAGUGGAUCUUCUUUUUUGAUGUUGAUGAGUAUAUUUAUGUUCCUCCAAAGAGUACUAUUAAGACUGUGGUUGAUUCUCUUUCUGACUAUUCUCAGUUCACAAUUGAACAGAUGGCUAUGAGUAGCAAGGUUUGUCUCUCUCAUGAUUAUGGAAAAACUUACAGAAAAUGGGGAUUUGAGAAGCUUGUGUAUAGAGAUGCAAUAACAGGAAUUAGAAGAGAUAGAAAAUAUGCUGUUCAACCAAGAAGCCUAUAUGCAACUGGAGUCCACAUGUCAGAAAAUUUAGAUGGAAACACAACUCACAAAACUGAAGGUAGGAUCAAAUAUUUUCACUACCAUGGAACCAUAGCACAAAGGAGAGAAACAUGCAAGUUGCUAGUGAAUUCUACAAAAAUCACUUAUGAAAAAACUCCUUAUGUGUUGGAUACUACAAUGAGAGACAUUGCUGGUGUCAUUAAGAAAUUUGAGCUUAAGAUGAUUGGAUCAAGGUUGCAAAAUACAAGACAAUGA